AUGGAGCAGCAGGUCGGGGAGGUCCGGGAAGGUGCUGGCCGGCGCCGGCAGCAGCCGGUGGCGGCGGCGGCGGAGAUCGGGCCCACCGACUUCCUCUCGGUUUGGAGCUUGCCGGUCGGCGAGGCGGCGACCGGGGGAGUCGGGCGGGAUGAUCCGGCGCCGGGGACCGAGGAGAGGUGGUGCCCACCUCCGGGGGCAACGGCGGCGCUCGGGAGUGCGCGGCUCCCAGGGUCGGCCCUCACAAGACCCCGAGCGGCGGCGGGAGGCCUUGGCGGCAGCCGGCGAGGGCGCGGGGACGGCCGGCGACGCACGCGCCGGGUUGCUGGAGGUCCGCCGGGGUCGACAGGGAAGCUUGGCGCAGGGGGAGGUGGCGGUCCAAGGCCGAACCCCGAGCUCGGCCCGGCUCGGUUCAGGGCAGACCCGACUGGCUACAGCUCUUCCGGCGGCUUCCGGCGACGCUCAGCGGGUGGCCGGGGUCGCCGGGAAAGAGGGCACCUGAGGUGGAAGGAGGCCGGGGCUUGCCUCCACAGGCAGUGGAGACCCUCCCACAAGCCCUCGGUCUAA